CCGAGGGCUCGCGCCCGUUGCGGAUGCGUGCGACGGGACGGUCUCGCGACCCGCUGUCCCUGCUCCCCUUCUUACUCCGUCGCUGAAACGGAAGAUUAACUACAAACACAACGAUGAGAGGAUUUAACGCGUAGCAGCCACUGCUCCAUUUUUUAUUUAAGUUGAAAGCGUCGUGUUUGGGUUUAUUUCCCCGUGAAAAUGGCGACGGGUUCAGGUUGGCAGCCUCCGUACAACACCUCGACUAGCAGCACCAAAUAUACCCCCUCUCCAACGUCCAGCAUGUUCUACGACGGGACUUUGUCGCUGGAAUACACUCAAGACCUGCAUUUGAAGAUGAGCAAAAAGAUAGCCCAACUGACCAAGGUAAUUUAUGCUCUCAACACCAAGAACGACGAGCAUGAGGAGGAAAUUGAGUCUCUGAAAGAAGCCCAUGAGGACGAGGUCCAGCACAUUGUGACCGAAACCAGAGACAAGAUCAUGCAGUACAAGAGUAAGAUGGUGGACGAUGCGGACCUGAGGCGGCGGCUGGCCAGUCUGGAAGAAUCUGUCGAUCUCCACGAACACAUGAAGAGACAGGCUUUAGCAGAGUUUGAGAUGUACAGACAGAGAAUGGAGGAUUCACAGCUCUGCACUGAAGCCCAACACACACAGAGAGUGGUUUCUAUGAGCAGAGAGGUGGAGGAGAUGCGUCGGGAUUUUGAGGAGAAGCUGCGAGCGUUCAGCCAGGCUCAGGCCCAGUUUGAGGCGGAUAAACGGCGAGCGCUGGAGGAGCUGAGGGCCACCCACCGCCAGGAGGUGGAGGAACUCCUCAACAACCAGCAGAACCAGAGCGCCACCUCCACCGAGGACCAGGAGAAACUGGCCGAGCUCCAUAGACAAGAGGUGGAGGCAUUGAUGGAGAGGGUGGAGGAGAUAUCAAAGGACAAGGUCCGUCUGGUGGAGGAGUUUGAGGCCAAGCUGGGCAAGGCCCAGGAGUAUUAUGAGAGGGAGCUGGAGGCCAUGAGGAGAACACACCAGCUCACCACUGAGAACCUGCUGGCCUGGAAAAGGACCGAGGUUGAGCUUCGUAAGGAGUUCCAGGCUCAGGAAGCAGCGCUGCAGCGCUCUCUGUCCAAGCUGAGGAGUGAGCUUCAGAAAGCUCAGGAGGAGGCCAGAGAGAACCGAGACAAGACCAACAGACUGCAGACAUCGCUGGCCAACGCAGAGGGAACUAUCAAGAACCUGCACAAGCAGCUGGAAGAGGCCAUCCAGGACGGAGAGAUCUGGGUGAUGCAGCUGAAGGACACGGAGUAUGAACUGGACGGCAGCAGGGAACGAGUUCAACAGCAGGCAACUGAAAUCCUCCAUAAAGCCAGUCAGAUUGGCUCCCUGCAGGCCACCCAGAUGUCCCAUGAGGCGACCAUCAGGAACCUGGACGUGGAGCAGAGCCGGCUGAAGGAGAAGCUCAGCCGGCUGGAGGAGGAGAGGGAGGCUCUGCUCAACCAGAGCCAGGCCUCUAAUGAACAGCACAAACAGCAAGUGCUCAAACUAGAACAGUCUCUGCGUGAGGAGCACCAGGGUUAUGAGAAGGAGCUCUGCAGGCUGAGAGCCCACUACGAGGAGGAGAUGCAUCGCUUCAGGGAGGCGCAGGUCAGAGCACUGGAAGAGAUGGAGGAGAAACACCAGGCCAUGAGGGAGGAGGCCCAGCAGGAGAAAGAGGACGAGAAGAAAGUCCUCAUGACAAAAAUGAGUCAGGAGUUUGAGAUUAAGCGUCUGUCAUUGGAGGAGCAGCGUGAUCGCCUUCAGCAGCAACUCGACAACUUGAAAGAGGAGCUCUCGGCCAAGCUCAACAUGGCCAAUCAGGAGGUGUCCCACUUCCAGGAGCAGGUGAGAGAGGGGGAGCAGAACAUGAGUUCAGCCCAGGCGCAGAUCAGCUGUCUGAGGGAAACUCAGGAGAAACUCAAGACAGAACUGGACGCUACUCGAGCCCGGGUCCGAGAGACCAGCAACCUGCUAACUGACCUACAGGAGGAGAUUGAGACCCAGAGACAGCAGCAUGAUGCCAGAGUGAUGUCCAUCAGAACAGAGGAGAAGCAGAAGAUGGACAAGAUGGCCGAUGAAUUGGACCAGAAAUGGAGAGAGGCACUGCGGGAGGAGGUGCGUUUAUUGAAGGAGGAGUUGACCGAGGAGUAUGAAGCAGAUAAACAGGCGGAGUUGACUCAGAUCUCCCAGCAGAAAGAACUGGAGAUGAUGGCGGCAAGAGAGGGCUGGCAGAGGAAGGUGGAAGACCUGCUGGAACAGAUCUCUCUAUUGAAACAGUCCCUGGAGCUGCAGUUGUCCCAGUCCCAGUCAGCUCUCCAGCAGCUGCAGUCUCAGUUUAACCAGGAGAGGGAGCUGCUGAGCCAACAGCUGAAAGAGAUGCAGAGAGAACAUCAGAGGAGAGAGCAUCGACUACAGGAGGCCCACUGCUGUGCCCUGAGCACCAUGGAGGAGGCCAGACAACACCAGAUAAGGGCCCUGGAGGAGCGUCUGAAGCAGGAGCAGAGGGAGGAGGUCCACGCUUUGAAGGAGGCCCACAGGAGGACCUUGGACAUCCUGAGACAGCAGUCGGACCAGGAGCUGCAGACGCUGCGAUUUGAGCUGGAGGACGAAGGCAAAGCAAAGCUGGCAUCUCUUCGUGCAGAACUGAACCACAUCCAUGCUGCGUCAAUAGAGCAUCUAAAGCAGAUCCACCUCAAAGAAAACACAUCCGCCAAAAGAGAUCUAGAAAAAGCUAUGGAGCACAGCCGUCAGCAGGAACAAGAGCUCCUAGUUCGUAUAUCGGACCUGCAAGCAGAGCUGUGUUCCCGUAGCAACCGCAUCACCGAUCUGGACCAUGAGAUCCACUCUCUGAACGAGACCAUCGACACUCUGACCAGAGAGCUGGAGAUAAAGGGCAAAGAGGUGCUGCGGGUCCGCAGUGAAGCCAACCAUCAGAUAAGGGCCCAUGAACAAGACCUUUCAAAGAGACAUGAGAGGGAUCUGGGGGAUAUAAAUAUAAUGCAUCAAAGAGAAAUACAAAUCAUGCUUGCAGACUUCAAUAAGGCCCAGGAGGUCCUCAAAGACAAGAUCACUGCACUACAAAUACUGUUGGAGGGGACAGAGGACAAGUUAAGACACAGAGAGAGCCGGCCAGAAGACCUGCAUGUCAUUGCAGAGCUCCGAGAGAUGGUCACCGAAAGAGAAGCUCUGGUGAAAAAGCUGGUGGACGACAAGAAGUUCUACCAGCUAGAGUUGGUCAACCGAGAGACGGGAUUCAACAAGGUCUUCAAUUCCAGUGCCAAUGUUGGUGUGAUCAACCCCCUUAUCAAGUUAAAAACAGGCAGCCAGUCAGAUCACCGCUUCACCAGCUUUUCUAGCCAGUCAGCUCUCCGAUUGGUCGGCCCUCCCGCCAUGAGUCAUGAAGGAGAAGAAGAGGAGGGACGGGAGGUGGUGGAGCAUCAUCUUCCACUUCCUCCUCCUUCUCCUCAUCCUCCACAUCAUCCCAUGCCAAGCCUUGCUCUUCCUCAUGCUCCUCAUCCUCAGGAAGCCCUGGUGCAUCAUCAGGGCCUACAAAGCUUUAGGAGCCUUCCUGAGGCCAACGCCACGACACCGUCUGACAGGAGGGGGGUGGAGCCAGGAAAAAGCAAUGAGUCUGUUGUAAAAGAAGAGGAGCUGUACGCCCAGUACUUCACUUUCUAACUGAAAAAAAAAAAAAAAAAAUCCUCUUCUGUCGAAAAAAAAAGAAGAAAAAAAAAAAGAUAUCGGGACAGAGAGCUAAAGUUGGACACUCAAUCAAACUGUAGGUUUUGAAGGUAACAUAGCCAACAUUAUUUUCAAACGUCCACUGCCAAUCACAGCGCUCCCAUCAGUCCCAUGCAGUACUGAGAUCCCGGUGUGGCAUUAGGGCUUCCAUACAGGGGGAGCAUGAUGAGGAACGUGGCUCGUUAGUGCGUCUUCGUGAAAGUGUGCAUGGUAGCGGGAGGUGAGGCAAUAUAAACACUUUUAGACCACCUGCAGUUGUGCCAAAUGUGACGGAUUUGUAUGAGCUUUUAAGUGUGGAGGAUAUACUGUAAAUACAGUAUUCAUUUUUUUAAUUUUGGUAGACCUAAAAGUUAAAUAGGAAAUGUUGGCGGUGUGUUUAAGGAACACAUUUCAAUUCCCCACAGGGAUUACUUUGCAUUAUAAAGUAAUCGCUUGGAUUUACUACGUUUCUUCCUCGCAAAAUAGAUAGAGAGGAAAUAUUAGCUUUCUGAUUGUCGCGACUAAUCACAUUGUUGUCCACUGAUGAAAUACCUUUUGAAGUCAUCAAAUCAAGAUGAGGGCUGGAUUAAUCCUCUUAACAAGAGAUAGCAGAAACAUUUCAGUAUUAAAAGAUGAUUCCGAUAUAUUACAACUUUUUUAUAGUUCUGACCAUCUUUUCUAUCAGUAUAAAUGGCAGUGUACUGAGGUAAUUGCUGAAACAGUCACAACGUUGUGACUAAAAUGUUUUGUCAUAACUGAUAAAAGUGAUGGUCAACAACCAGGUUGUAGUGAAUUUGAAUGAUCCUGUUAACUAGCCAGUGUCAGUAGCAUGAAACCUUCAGAAAAAUACACAAACCUCGAGGAAAUCAUUUCCUCUUUCCUUUCUGUUGCCCAAACCACAGCUGGAUUCUUAAGCUCAUACAAAGUUGCCACAAACAGUGCUGCUCUAAGUAUAAAGUGCCACUAGUGAUUAGCUUACGAGGAAGUGUUUUCAGACUUUGUCUGGGUUUUUUUUUGUACAUCAUGUGUCUUACAAGCUUUUAUCUGACUGGGAAAGCUUUGAAAGUUCAGCCAGGGCAAAGUGAUUUUUGCCUUGAUACUCGCCUUUACUCAUUCAUGCUGUGUCCUAACGUGUACAUACCACACACACAUGUUUUAUUGGGGGGGGCAGACCUAGCUGUUGAUUCCGGUUGUUUUUUGGCCUCUACAGUACGAUGAACUACAGUAUACCACAAUAACGACACCAGCAAAAAAACAAAAACUUUAGCUUCCUGUCCCAGGGCUUUGACUGUGUACAUACGGUACAGUGAACGUUUGAAAGUCAUUUUCAAAUGUCCGAGCUAGCUGAGGGACGCUUGAUUUACUACUCCAGACACCUCAGCAGUCUCAGGAGGGGGAAGAUCAAGAGAAGCUGAAUCAAGCACCCCUCAUAUUUUUAUUAUUCCAGUAUUUAUAAUGUAACAAGUUACUGUUUUUCUACGGUCUGUUUGUGAUGCCAGUGGACCAGAGACAUCCAGAGAGAGAGUUCUGUCAGCGACAUGUAUGAGGUUGGAUGACUCCUGGCGACUUUUUUUUUUUUAGUUGCUCAGGAGUCUUUUAUUUUUCAUUACAAGCUAGAGUUCAUGUCGGUGCCUGAAGUCUUUUGCUACGUGUCUCUGCCUGUGGGGCAGGCCAUAGAGCAUGUGAAAACAGAACCACUAUCAUAAUGCUGCGGCCACUCACUUGAAAUCCUCAUCUGUCUGUCUGUCUUUAACUUGACUCGAACGUUUUACAUGGUUAUUGUGCUGUGUCCUGUACAAUUUCCAAACUGCAUGGUCAUCAUCAGCCUGGAAGAGGCUGUGUUUGUUACUUCUUGAGAAGUGGAUAGAGAGGUGUGAGGUCUCACACUGACACCUCGGGGGUCCAUUCGACUACAACGCAAACAGUUGGGUUACAUUACCGCAUCAAUCGAUGCUCGUCUUCCAUAACAGAAUCAACUGAGGCCUCAAUGGUUCAGGAAGUGUUUGUACUUUUCAUUGUUUGCAUUCAGGAAUCACACACACGCACAUGCACCUUAAUAAUGCACUCUCAUACAAUCCCAAUACACCACCAAUAAUAGAAUAAUCCACUCUGAGAAAAUCUCAACAAACAAUAAACCCUUGGGUUGCAUUAGACUGUUAGGUUUCUCAUUUAGCCCCUGUAGAUAUUUCACAAAGGCACCUUUAGUGUUAUAGAUACCUAAAUGCCAACUAAAUAAACUAUUUUUUUACAUUUAAGUCCAUUUAUUCACUUCUCGAAACAAAAAAUCCAUAUUUCUUUUAGUUUUUGUCUUAUAAUGCGACAGCGCCACAUUUUUGGAAUUGAAUGUGUCUUUGCCCUCUUACCCAGAACCACAUGACAAGAUGGAGUUUGGAUAUCACUCUUUUCCUCCGGCCGUGGGGAAGAUGACAUUCCAGAAUAUUUGUCCAAAUGAACUUGAAAAACAUGAAACGCUUCCUGAAACCAGGUUGAGACGGGACCGGUGUGUGUGUGUAUAAAGCAAACUUCUACCAUGGCGCCCUUAAUAUCGAACCGUCCCUCUCUGACAUGAAUACAGCAUAAUGUCAUCGAAGCUAAUCCAGCAUAUGAAACGGUUUGGAUGUAAAUAUUAUUAAUCUGUAAUAAACACAGACGAUGGUAUCCUGUCCGGGAUGGUAGCCCCGACGCUGAGCCACGCGCGGGUUCAUUCCUCCACGCACACUGUGAAGAAUCUAUUUAUUCAAAGAGCUUUCUUUAAUAUAUUGACAUUUACGCUCAGACAUCUGCAUCAGACAAUGCAGAAGUCUUUAGUUUCUUCUUGCUUUUUUUUAAUUAUUAAUACAUUUUCUCACAAUCGCAUCCAAUUUUACCUCUACUCUCUUGUGUUAUUUUCCUGCUGAUGAUUUUUCCAUACUUGUCCAAACCAAGAAGCACAUUCUGGAGGGCCGCCCCGUCUAACAGUGACAGAGUUAUGAAUGUGUUUUACUGUCCAGUCAUUUUACUGUGGUAUCACAAUCUACUUGGAGACUUGCAUUGUGAAUGUCUGACUUCUGGUGUCAAAAUUAUACUACAAUUUAACUCUAAUAUAUAAAAAUAUAACUCUCAAGUCUCUGUUCAUUAGCUUCCAGUUAUGUAAAACACAUUCAUUCUCGAAUUGAAAAGAAUUUCCCCCGUAUCAAGCUCUUAUACAUUGAUCUAUUUCUUUUUAUGUUUUUACAUAAUUGUACCCAUUCAUGUUUUAUUACUUCUGUUUUUUUGUAAUUAAUGUAUUUUCCUCACGCCCUAUUUGUAGAUUUGAUGCAUUCGUUCAUCUGUCCCACACCCGACCAGCCUGGUCCUACCAGACUCUGGUACAUUUCAUUGGACAUUUACACAUACAUUUGGACAAACAUUUCAAAAUACUGCACUGUACUGACGGAAAAUGAAAAUUGAGCGUCGGUACAUAGGAGGGUGGAGCCAGGCUAACACCCGACCCCGUUGUUGUUUUAAAGGAGAAUUCCACAGGUUAAAGAGGGUUCCUGGAGCCCCGUGUGGUCCUUGGCAAACUCUGUCCACCGUUACCCCGAGGUUCAUGAAAGUCUUUUUGAAAUGUAACACCUGGCACACAAAACCUCUGGAGUUUUUAUUAAUUUUUUAUUCUUUUUACACAGGCAUCAGCUGACCAUCAGUGAACCAUACCAACUGCAACUUAUAGGAAUAGUCUGUUUUUUUAUGUGUCUUAUCAGGGCUUUGUUCAUUUCACUUUCAACUCAGUUCAACUGGAAAAGAUCAUCGUGGCAUCUUUACACUUAAGGAUGUAAACUGAAAUGGUAACUGUCGCAGUUUUUAUGUGAGUUGAAAGUGACAUUGAUGUCACCCUUGUGACUUAUUUUAUGUUUGUCUUGCCACUUUUGAAGUUAAAAUGUAUAACAAUUAUAGCAACAAUAUUUAUUUAUAUUUAUAUCAUUUCUGUUGUAUGUUAUGGAACAGUAAAAUUAUGAUUGUGAGA